AUUCUCGAUGCCAUCUACGUGUCGAUCAUAUGUGAGUUGACAAUACAAGGAAACGAGUACUCGGAGAGAGAGAGACAACCCAAAGCUGAAGCAGCGCACAUUGAGCUGACGGAUUACGCCCAAGAAUCGGCUUUCCAGGCGGAUCUAUCUGAAGCUUCGACUAUUGCACUGGACUACGCUGCUUCGAAUGUCCAGAACGCCUAG